AUGCUGCACCAACAAACUUUCUAUGUGAUCACAUCAAGUGUGUUCGUCACACUGCCGCUUGCCCAGGCGAAGAUCCUCAGCUGCGCCGAUGUGGAAUGCCCCAUCACGGAAGGAACAACAGCGGCGACAUGUACCGUGGCGGAUAGAACGUACAACGUAGUGGGUGUUGUCAGCCUUGACACUACGACUAAGGGACUUGAGGGCUUCUCCUGGGUCAAAGGCGUGGGCGCAGAGAAUGUGAACGACACCGUGCGUAACUUCAAUCAGAGUUUCUACCUUGGCACACCAAGCGGCUUCGACUUCGGUAGCACCGGAGCAUGCGCGCUGCUUUUCACCCCCGUCAGCGACCUCGUUCGAUCCAAUGAAGACGGCACUGACGGAACCUGUCAAGAUCUCUUGACGGAUUCGUGCAUAGGAAGAGCUAACCUAAUCGUAUCUGCGACAGCCCUCUCUGGAAAUGGCUCUCCUGAGCCCAUCUCAGGCCAGCAAAACAGCACUUCAGACUGCUGGCCAGUUCUGCCAAAGAGCGACGACCUUCGACUGAUUGACUCUGUCACCGCUAUUGGCGACUACAAUGCCUCAUCCGUGAUGGAGAACGUCCUCUUCAGCCUCACCCCGAUCUUAACGGUCUUCUUCCCUGGCAACGGCAGCAGCAACUUGGUCUCCCAGUCCGAAGCAUACUUGACGUGUGUGAGGCCCAUUGAUCUGACGACGGCCAGCAACGCCACCCACAAUGAUGGCAGGGAGAACGUUGCCACUCGCCACCUCGGAGGCAGUGUGCUUGCCUUCUGGGUCGGGCUGGUUAUGGUUUGUUUUGGCUUGUUCGUAUAGUGGCCAGUGGACUUGGCCUGUAGGAUACAACUGGCUCGCUGGAUGACGGAAAGGAGCCUAGGGAAAUCUAAGUGUGAUGACUGGAAUGUAUUUGGCUUGGGAUAAUAGGACGCUGCAGCAAUGCCACCCUAGGAGGGUGUGAAACGGAUGAAUGAACCUACUGUAUGAGAUCAGGUUCUCUAUUGUACAAGGGUUUCCCUCCAGCUGUAGGCCUGGUCUGACUUGCCAUCGUCGAUUGUGAAUAAACAAGAAAUUGUCUCAUCGGCCCUGGUCGGAGUCUUGGGCCAUGAGAUGCCUUCCAAGCCUUCGCUCUAGAUCUCGGUGAAAGGUGCGGCAACCCACGGGAUCUGAUUGGCCGGAGGUCGGCAGAUAAGGACCGUGCUCGGCUUAUCAACCGCCCGAUGCCGCUACCGCCUAAACCUUAUCCCAUCACUGU